AUGAUAGACGCCCAGUACCCCGCGUGGUGCCACGAUGACGAUGCCCCUGUCAGUCAGGUGGAGCUCAAGGACAUCUUCGAGGAUCUGACUGCGAAAUUUGGUUUCCAACACUCGUCUAAGGAUAACAUGUUUCACCACCUACUGGCCCAGCUAGACUCUCGGGCCAGCAGAUCUACCGCACGGACAGCAUUGGUUUCCCUCCAUGCGUCAUACAUCGGUGGCAACGAAGCAAACUUCAAGAAAUGGUAUUUUGCCGCGCAGCUGGAUCUCGACGAGGAAAUAGGGUUUCAGAACAUGAAGCUGCACGGCAAAGCGCGUAAGAGAAACUCUGAGCUUGCCAAGAAACGUGGCUUAUCGAUUGAGGAUCAGCUCCAGCAGUGGAAAGAGCAGGAAGAGGAGUUCAUUAAGAGCCAUCCCAAAAUCUCCAUAACGCCAGCUCAACUGAAAGAGGACAAGAACUACAAGAUAGCAGAUUUCAAAUGGAAGCUGAAAAUGCGGCAACUGGAGCCCGCACAGAUGGCUCGUCAAUUGGCGCUCUACUUCUUGUGCUGGGGUGAAGCAAACCAGAUAAGAUACACACCGGAGUGCUUGUGCUUCAUUUUCAAAUGUGCGCUGGAUCAUGAUUCAAACAUCGAAGACGACUGCGAAAAGACCAGGCCCGAAUACACGUAUCUCAAUGAGGUCAUCACUCCCUUAUACCACUUCUUGCGAUCUCAAGUGUACGAUGUCAAUGCGAAAAAUGGGAAAUUAAACAAACUUGAAAAAGAUCACAAAGACAUAAUCGGAUACGAUGAUGUGAAUCAGUUAUUUUGGUACCCAGAAGGCAUUGAAAGGCUUGUUCUUGAAUCAGGAGAGCGGCUAGUGGACAAGCCACGCCACCAGCGAUACAAUUGUUUCAAAAAUGUCCAAUGGAAUAAAGCUUUUUACAAAACUUACAAAGAGACCAGAACUUGGAUGCAUUGCGCUACAAAUUUCAAUAGAAUUUGGAUAAUCCACCUGUCCUCGUUUUGGUUCUUCACAUCCUUCAACGCCCCAACGCUCUAUACAAAGGAUUACGUUCAAUUACUCAAUAAUCCCCCUACACCGCAAGCACGGCUAUCUGCUGGGGCCUUAGGGGGGACUGUGACUUGUCUUAUCCAAAUUGUGGCUACGCUGUUCGAGUGGAGCUUUGUACCACGUAAAUGGCCCGGUGGGCAACACUUGACAAAAAGAAUGAUUGGCUUACUCCUUUGUCUGUUCAUCAAUGUCGCGCCAUCCAUAUAUGUUUUCGGGUUUUUUGAUCUUGACGUCCAUUCGGGUUACGCUUACGUUGUGUCCAUCAUUCAGCUAGUAGUAGCCAUCAUAACCACUCUAUUCUUCGCGAUCAGACCUUUGGGCGGAAUAUUUGGCUCUUACCUGCACAAAGGUCAGAAGAAGAGGCGUUAUACCUCGUCGCAGUCUUUCACCGCCCAGUUCCCCAAACUCACGGGGCGUAGCAAAUGGUUCUCCUGGGGUCUCUGGCUAUUUGUAUUCGUGGGAAAAUUCAUAGAAUCAUACUUCUUCCUGACAUUAUCCUUACGUGAUCCCAUACGAGUUUUAUCAAUAAUGGACAUGAGCAGAUGCAGAGGAGACACGCUAUUAGGGGCACGUUUUUGCCGGCUUCAACCAAAAAUUACGCUCGGAAUUAUGAUCUUGACAGAUUUGGUACUCUUCUUUCUGGACACUUAUCUGUGGUACAUUAUAUGCAAUUGCAUAUUCUCUAUUAUCCUCUCCUUCUCCCUCGGCACCUCCAUUCUCACUCCUUGGAAAAACAUCUAUUCAAGACUGCCUAAACGCAUCUAUUCAAAAAUUCUUGCAACGUCCGAAAUGGACGUCAAAUAUAAACCUAAAAUUUUGGUAUCUCAAAUUUGGAAUGCCAUUGUGAUAUCGAUGUACAGGGAACAUCUACUGUCAAUUGAACAUGUUCAAAGACUUCUUUAUCAGCAAGUUGACUCUAUGACCCACGACAAACGAGCUUUAAAGUCACCAACGUUUUUUGUAGCGCAAGACGACUCGACUUUUAAAUCAAUGGAGUUCUUCCCGGAAAACUCCGAGGCAGAGCGACGUAUCUCUUUUUUUGCCCAAUCGCUUUCUACUCCAAUAACAGAGCCAAUGCCAGUGGAGUGCAUGCCUACUUUUACGGUUCUAAUUCCUCACUACUCCGAAAAGAUUUUACUGUCGCUGAAGGAAAUUAUAAAGGAAGAAUCAACAAAAUCGCGUAUUACUUUACUCGAGUACUUGAAACACCUACAUCCCACUGAAUGGGAAUGCUUCGUUCGUGACACCAAAUUGCUGACUCUUGAGAGUAAUGCAGAGCAAAGUUACGACCCGGAUAGUAAUUCCGAAUUCCUAAAAAAAGGCACCGGAGACUUCUCGAAAGAUGCGGAUGAUAGGUUCAGAUUAAUUCAAGGGAAGAUAAAAGAUCUGCCUUAUUACUGCAUGGGAUUUAGUAAAUCCGAUCCCGAAUAUACUCUUCGAACACGGAUAUGGGCAUCACUGAGAUUCCAAACGCUGUACAGAACUAUCACAGGCUUUAUGAAUUACUCAAAAGCGAUAAAACUGCUUUACCGAAUUGAAAAUCCUUCAAUGGUUCAAGCUUUUUGUACUAACUUUGAUGAUAUGGAGCGGGAAUUAAGGAAUCUGUCUCGAAGAAAGUUUAGGAUGGUCGUUGCAAUGCAACGGUUUGCAAAGUUUGAUAAGGAAGAACAAGAAGCGGCAGAUCUGCUCUUACGCGCCUAUCCGGAUAUGUGCAUCUCGUACUUGGAAGAGAUUCCAGAAGAGGAUGGCGAACCGAAAUUCUACUCUUGUUUAAUUGACGGCCAUUGUCAAGUCGAUGAAGCUUCAGGCAAAAGAAUUCCACACUUCAAGGUUCGGCUUUCAGGCAAUCCAAUCCUUGGUGACGGAAAGUCAGACAAUCAAAACCACUCUCUCAUUUUUUAUCGUGGAGAGUAUAUCCAAGUCAUCGAUGCUAACCAAGACAACUACCUUGAGGAAUGCUUGAAAAUACGGUCUAUUCUAAGUGAAUUUGAAGAAUUAGAUGUGGAGGAGGACAGUCCAUACGUACCUGGUAUCGAAGAAAGAGAGAAACCUGCACCUGUUGCGAUUCUUGGGGCACGAGAGUACAUCUUUUCGGAGAAUAUUGGCGUAUUAGGCGACAUAGCUGCUGGGAAAGAACAGACCUUCGGCACACUUUUUGCCAGAACUCUUGCAGAGAUCGGAGGUAAACUGCACUAUGGUCAUCCAGACUUUCUGAAUGCAAUUUUCAUGACGACGCGAGGGGGAAUUUCCAAGGCUCAAAAAGGCCUCCAUCUCAACGAGGAUAUUUACGCCGGGAUGGCCGCAAUAUGCCGUGGAGGUAGAAUAAAGCAUAGUGAUUACUACCAAUGCGGUAAAGGACGAGAUUUAGGAUUUGGGUCAAUUCUAAAUUUUACGACUAAAAUUGGUGCAGGUAUGGGCGAGCAACUCUUAUCAAGAGAGUACUAUUACCUUGGAACCCAGCUACCAAUUGACCGCUUCCUUUCUUUCUUUUACGCCCACGCAGGGUUUCACCUCAAUAACCUGUUCAUUACGCUUUCCGUCCAGAUCUUCUUCGUACUCCUGAUAAACCUUGGGGCUUUGAAUCACGAAACAAUAAAGUGUAAUUAUAACAGAGAUCUACCGAUUACUGAUCUGCAACAACCUAUUGGUUGCUACAACAUAGAGCCUGUUCUUCACUGGGUUACAAUUUUUGUGCUGUCCAUCUUCAUCGUUUUCUUCAUCGCUUUUGCUCCACUUCUUAUACAGGAAUUGCUAGAGAAGGGCGCGUGGAAGGCAUUGUCCAGGUUUUUGCAUCACUUGCUUUCGUUAGCGUCAUUCUUUGAGGUAUUCGUCUGUCAAAUAUAUGCCAGCGCUCUUCUCACAAAUGUUACAUUUGGUGGCGCUAAGUAUAUUUCGACAGGACGAGGAUUUGCAAUUACUCGAUUGGACUUUCCUCAGCUUUACUCCAAGUUUGCGUCAAGCUCCAUUUACUCAGGGUCUAAGAUUUUCCUCAUGUUGAUUUUUGCCACAAUUUCAAUGUGGCAGCCAGCUUUGCUUUGGUUCUGGAUAACGGUAAUUUCUAUGUGCCUUGCACCCUUCUUGUUCAAUCCACAUCAAUUUACCUUUACGGAUUUUUUUGUUGACUACAGAAACUUCAUUCGGUGGUUGUCCAGCGGUAAUGCCACAUUCGACUCGAAUUCGUGGGUAGAGUAUGUCAGAAGUUCUCGAGCAAGGUUCACUGGGUUCAAAACGAAAUUGAUAGAUGAUGUCUCUGAAAGAGGCGCUCGAGAAACUAAGAGGGCGCAACUCCCUGAUAUAUUUGUCGCGGAAAUAUUGAUUCCGACCUGUGUGGCUGGCCUGAGUUUUACAGCUUACACGUUCAUUAAUGCUCAGACAGGAGUUGCAUCCGCGCGACCUACUUCUGCGGUCGUUCGGCUGGGGGUUGUUACGUUCCUUCCAAUUUUUGCAAAUCUGACGAUGCUUCUGGUAUGCUUUUCUCUCUCCUGUUUCGCCGCCCCAUUGUUGUCUUUGUGCUGCAAAAAGAUUGGAACCACGAUAGCCGCCGUGGUCCACGGUUUUUCAGUGAUAAUAUACUUGGUCGAUUUCGAGGUAAUGUGGCUGCUAGAAGGGUGGAAUUUUACGCGAGCGCUCUUGCUUCUGAUUACUUGUAUCAACUUUCAAGAAGUGCUUAUCAAGAUUUUUACAGUGUUCUUUCUGACGCGGGAAUACAAAAACAACAAGUCCCACCUGGCAUGGUGGUCUGGUAAAUGGUACAACACGGGAAUGGGCUGGUCUGUUGUAUUGCAGCCGACGCGAGAGCUGUUUGUUAAAACCAUCGAAUGCAGCCUUUUCGCAGGCGACUUUAUAUUGGGACACAUGCUGAUGUUCGUUCAACUUCCGCUCGUGUGUACCCCGUUCGUCAACCGCUGGCACUCGAUAAUUUUAUUUUGGAUGAAGCCCAAAAACCUGGUCUCAAACAAGUUAGCAUACACCAAGAAGCAGAAAAAACGUCGCAGACGCAUUGUCCAGAAGUACUUCUUCCUGCACUUCAUGAUUUUGUUGGUAUUCCUAGCGCUGUUGAUAAGCCCUUUUUACGUUUCGCAGUACAUGCCAAAGGGACCUGAAUUUUUCCAGGAAACGCACUUAGAGGGACUAUUCCAGCCCAAAGCUCAGGAUAAAAAUGAUACGGGUACAAGAGCACCUGCCCAUAUUCUCACCACAACCCCUCCCAUGCCUGUGUUUAAGACAGUUCCUUAG